GAAAAUGCCCAGUAUGGGGACCACAUCUGGUUCGAGGCCAGCGUCUCUGGAGACUUCUGCUACGUCGGGGAGCAGUACUGCAUCGCCAAGUCCCUGGUGAGUCCUAGGGGUCGGAUCUGGUCCCGGCAUAGGGAGCCGGCGAGUCGGGCCAUCCGGGAGUCCAACGUGGUCCGACACCACUGGGUCCACAGGAGGCGCCAGACGGGGAAGUGCCGACAGUGUGGGAAGGGCUUCCAGCAGAAGUUCUCAUUCCAUAGCAAAGAGAUCGUCGCCAUCAGCUGCUCCUGGUGCAAGCAGGCGGUGAGUCCAUGGUGUUUAACCCCACUGUGUUUAACUCCCACUGGCGUUUAA